UUUUAAUAUUAAGAUAUUCGUCGCAGACAAUUUAGUAAAAAUAAUAAAAUCAUUCAAUGGUUAACCAAAUACCUGUGCCGCAGGCCAAAUAUGAAUUAUUAACCGAUAUACGACAACCACGCUGGAGAACGCAAGUUGUUUGCCUCACUCUGACAUUCCUGAUCGUCGGCGUCCUGUUUAUCACUCGCGCCUGGUUCGGCAUUCUCGUUCUGAGGGCUCCUCCCAAAGACGAUAGAUUCGUGGAGGAACAGAUUGACAAUGCCAAGAUUGUUGCGUGGCUACGUAGGGCUCGGAUGUACGCCGAAUCGACGAAGGAGAAUCAGAAUGCGGACAGGAACACAAGUGUCGGUGCAUCGGACCAAUACCACCGCAAUAGCACCAGCCAGGUCAUCGUAUGCUACUACACAAUACCGUGGAACCUGAACACGUCGUGGGAGCUCAGUCCGUCGCACAUUGACCCUCAUAUUUGUACGCAUAUUAUCGUGGGUUUUGCGAGCGUGGUAAACAACAUGCUCGAUGUAGGAGAGAAUGCGUGGGUGUACGAGCGAGUUGUCGCUUUAAAGAAUCGCGAACCUAAAUUGAAGGUCAUGAUCAGCGCCGGCGGAAAUAAUGAGCUCCACGAUGGAUUUUCCGAGAUGGUGAAAACUCACGCGAAUAGAAAAAAGUUUAUAAGAUCAGUAUUAAAUGUAACCAAAACUUAUCAUUUGGACGGCUUCGACGUUGACUGGGAGUUCCCGGCGUGGAUAGGAGCCGACGAUCGUGAAAAGAUACACUUUGUGCAGCUGUUACAGGAAUUACGGAAGGAAUUCGAUCGUAGCGGACAAAAAUUACUUCUGACAGUGGCGGUCGCGGCACCGCAGGCCAUUGUAGAUCAAAGUUACAGUGUCCCUGAAAUGGCAGAGUAUGUCGACUUUGUGAAUCUCAUGACGUAUGAUUAUCAUUUCUACGUUUGGUACUUCCCAGUCACGGAUUUGAACGCUCCUCUCUUCCCACGUCGUACAGAAACCGGUUAUUUAUCCACAUUAAAUGUGAAUUUCUCUGCUCAAUAUUGGGUGGCGAAGGGGAUGCCACGGGAGAAGAUCGUCGUCGGCAUACCGGCUUACGGUCACUCUUACCAGCUAGACAAUCCAUUGAAUCACAAUUUACAAGCUCCAGCUGGCGGAUUCGGGAAGCUUGGCAUAAAGGGCUUUGUGUCUUAUCCUACAGUUUGUCAAUUUUUUAAAUCCGGAGCUGUGAAAGUCUUCAACAAAGAAAGUCGCGUGCCAUACGUGUUCAAAGACAGAGAAUGGAUAUCUUACGAUGACGAGGAGAGCAUAUAUUACAAGAGUACAUGGAUUCGCACUAGUGGCUUCAAGGGAGCCAUGAUUCUGUCUUUGAACGUUGACGAUUGGAAUGGCACUUGCUACGGCACAAAUGAAACGUUUCCUUUGACACGUACCAUUUCCAAGGUAUUAUUUAGGGAGUCGGAUAGUAAACAACAAACGUCAAUAGGAUUGUAAUUCUUCGAACACGCGCGCGCAAUAUCGAUAAAUCUAUCUAGUUGUUCUCCGAAAAAGCUUUAAAGUAUUUUACAUUGAAACGUAUACAUUUCCAUCGAAACUGUUACAUUCCUACUUAAUAUAUUACUUGAUAUUUUACACUCUACUUCGGUUGCUCAAAGAUCUUUUUGUACAAAUAAGUUGCUAAGAUAUUUAAAGCACAUAUACAGUAUUAUAAAUGCUCUAGUAGAGUGUAGCACUUGUACCUGUGGUUGAGUCAAAUCAAAGAUAUUUAUAUAUACGCGCGAAUUGAUUUAUAUAUUAUGCGCAAAAUGUUGAAUAUAAUGUUUCCUACGUUGUUAUUGUUCUCAUAUAUCUCAAAAGCAAAUAGAUAACCGAUAUAAUAUCGUGGAUUAGAUAAUAUCAAAGAGAAACAUCAUAAAUUAUAUAACCAGUUUAAGAGAAGAAAAUGUGCCAUAUACUUCCAAAUUAUACGCAUAUAUAACAAGAUCUGUCAUCUGUUUUAGAAUAAAGAUCUGAAACUCGCAAAUAA